CGCAGUUUUUGUCGUCGAGUCAAAGUGCGCGGAUCACUCCUCGAGUGAGCUAACAAUUCCUGCCGAAUUGAAUUAAAUAUUUGUUAAGUGCAAGUUAAGGUGUUAGCUGUUGUUGUUGCCGUUAAGUCGAGUUCGUAAGCAGGUGGCAAAGGUGCCAAAGUGAGCUAAUAGCAAAACAAGUCCGUCAGUUUUAGUUGAAAAGUGAAGCGAAGAAGAUGGGAAAAUUCGAAUACUCACUGGGUCUCAAUGAGCUCAAAUCCAAGGAGCUGCGAUUGUGGCAGGCCUUGAUUGGAGAAUUCCUUGGCAAUUUGAUCCUCAAUUUCUUUGCCUGCGGCGCAUGCACCCAAAUUGAGGAUGGCACCUUCAAGGCCUUGGCUUUUGGCCUGGCUAUCUUCAUGGCCAUCACGAUUGUGGGCCACUUGAGUGGUGGUCAUGUGAAUCCUGCCGUUACCGCUGGAAUGUUGGUCGCAGGACGAAUUAGCUUGAUCAGAGCCUUUUUCUAUGUGGUUUUCCAGUGCUUGGGUGCAAUUGCCGGAACUGCAGCGGUUAAGAUUCUCAUCGAUCAGGACUAUUACAAUGGCCUGGGUCACACCUCUCUGGCGCCCAAUAUCACCGAGCUGCAGGGCCUGGGAAUCGAGUUCUUCCUGGGACUCCUGCUGGUGCUCGUCGUCUUUGGGGCCUGUGAUCCCCACAAGCCCGAUUCCCGCUACACGGCGCCCUUGGCCAUCGGAAUGGCGGUGACCCUGGGUCACUUGGGCACCAUCCGCUACACCGGGGCCAGCAUGAAUCCCGCUCGCACCGUGGGCACCGCCUUUGCCACCGACAUCUGGGCGUCGCAUUGGGUAUACUGGGUGGGACCUGUGCUGGGGGGCGUGGCUGCCGCCCUGCUCUACACCCAGGUCCUGGAGGCGAAGCCCGUGCCAAAGGUUAACGAGGCAUCCGAGAAGUACCGAACGCACGCCGAUGAACGCGAGGGAUGCAAACCGAACCACAACCCGAACCAUUUGGCAUAUACAUAUCUCGCUUAACUAUAACUAUUAAAUGUGUUAUGUUUUAUCGCUUUAGCAGCAGAUAUUCGUAUACUAAAGAUAUUACGACCUGCACGCAAAACUAAUCUAAACCGCUUUUGUGAACCGAAUACGAUUGGUUUAGAAACUCUUCAAUCCUAUCAACCGAACCCGUCCGCCAUUUCGAUCGAUGCGCAAACUGGAGGGAGCCCGUGACUACGCCUAGAUAUAAAGAAAUCUUUGCGACUCGAAUCUAGGGAUACAGAUGAAAUCUGUGUGUUUAAUCCAUUCAUUUCAGUGUCUAACAUAAACAUGUCGUGUUCUUCUACGUUCGUGUGUAUUUAUGUAUUUAUUCAUGCAAAAUUCAUUUUUAACUAACUAAUAUUUAAUGUGUAAGCUGCCCUAAAAUGCAAUCUACAACAAAAUUACUUGUACUCUCAUGCGCUCACAAUAAAGUGGAAAACAUUAACUG